GUGGCGCCCUGGUGGUCUCGGGCCUGUCUGGGCGCGGCCGCGCGUGGGGCGGGCUGUAGGCCCUGGAGGUCGCCGCCCUGGUCAGCGCGGGCCUCCCGAGGCUGCGAAGAGGGGGCGUGGGGGCGGAGGCAGAGGCAGCGCCGCCUGGGCCGCGUCCACACUGAAUGGGGGGAGACUGGGGGGUCCCGAGCGAACGCGCGGGAAGGGCCGCGUUUGUGGGAGAGGCCGCGCUGGCUGCGGGGUCUCCAUCCUCGUAAUCGCCGAGGCGGCCCGAACGCGGCCCAGAAGACUGAGCGACAGACCCCAUCGGGCCCCGCAGCCCGGGGAGGCUCUACUGGAACAGAGCAUCUCUACUGAGCCGGAAGGAGGGGGACUCCAGGAACGGGAAUCUCACAGGGAAGAACCCCCGCUCCCUCCAGCCUCUGACCCGAGACCCAUCAGAGCUUCAGAAGAGAAGCGGAAGAAACCCAGAAAAGGAGCGUAUCGCCCAGAGGGCCGAGGCUUGAGUGAUUUCACCACCAUCAGCUAAGGGAAAAAGCCUGAAAGGGGAGAUGACUUGUGAAGAAUCGGUAAGAGGCACAUAGAAGUCCUGGCAUGUGCUGUCCACACGAUCGCACGGAAACACGUUUCCUCUUAAAAAAAUCCUUUCGAGGACGUCCCUGGUGGUCCAGUGGGAUUAAAGGUUACCCAGCUGGCGUGUGGAAGUUUUUAGGAAGAGCGUUGAGGAGCUCUCAUCAUCCUGUUCCUCUUUCCUCCUCUUCCAGGAAUGCCUUCCCAGGUUUUGACAGUCUUCCAGGAACAACAGAAAAUGAACAAAUCCCAGAAGUGUGCUGACCAGGGAUCCGUGUCAUUCAGGGACAUGACUGUGGACUUCACCUGGGAUGAGUGGCUACAGCUGACCUGUAUGCAGAGGACCCUGUACCGGGAUGUGAUGCUGGAAAACUACAGCCACCUGGUCUCCGUGGGGUACUGCAUCAGCAAACCAGAGGUGGUCUUCAAGCUAGAGCAAGGAGAAGAGCCGUGGCCAUUAGAGAGAGCAUUUCCAUGCCGGAGUGAUCCAGACAGAAGCCAGGAAAACCAAGAUAAACAUUUGUGGCGAGUUUCACUCAUAAACAAAAAAACACUGACUAAGAAGAGAGAUAAUGUUUUCAGAAAAACACCCUGUCAAUAUGACUUACAUGGAAUGAGUUUGAAAAAUGUUUCAGAAUCCGUUAUUAGUGAUAAAAAUCAUUCAAGUAAGAACUCUAAUGAAAUUAAUGCAUGUGGGAAGUUGCUUCUUGAUAAUAAUCAAGAAAAUACUCAUCCUGGAAAGAAAUCUGAUGAACAUAACCAAGAUGGAAAAUCUCUAAGUCAUAAUAAGGACCCUACUGGGCAACAGAAAAUUCAGCCUCUGGGACCACCUGUUGAAGGUCAUGAAUGUGGGGCAGCUGUCCUUAGUGAGGCAGCCAUCAUCACACCUCAGAGGACCCAAACUGAAGAGAAGCCCCAGGAUUAUAAGGAACAGGGGGAAAAUACCAGUGACAAGUCAACCCUUAAAGUCCAGCAGGAAAUUCACACAAAGGAGAAUCAUUCUGAAGUUAAUGAGUGUGAGAAGUCAACCCUCUUUAAACAUCAGGAAGUUAACAUGGAGGAGGAAACCCACGAAUCAAAUGAAAAUGAGAAUAAUUCCAGCAAGAAGUCCCAUCUCACUCAACUUCAUAAAACUCACAAGGGAGAACAUUUGAAUGCAGUCACUGCAAGAAAUCUUUUUACCAGGAAUCCCACCUCACUCAACAUCAGAAAAUACACACAAGAGAGGAACCAUGUGAAAGUAAUAAAUGUGGGAAAACCUUCCAGAAAUCACAACCCACUGACCCUCAGAGAACCCACACAGGAGAGAAACCCCAUGAAUGUGAUAAAGCCCCUGGAAAGUCGGCCAUUACUGACCAGCAGAGGACACAGUCAGAAAAGAAGCUUCAUGUAUGUAAUGAAUGCAAGAAAUCUUUUCGUCAUUGCUCAGCUCUAAAGGUCCAUCAGAGAAUUCACACAGGAGAGAAGCCCUAUCAAUGUAAGGAUUAUGGGAAGUCCUAUGCAAAAUCAAACUUCAACCAUCAGAGAACUCACACGGGAGAAACCAUAUGAAUGUAAAGAUUGUGGGAAAUCCUUCUGUGUGAAAUCAAACCUAACUAAGCAUCAGAAAACGCAUACGGGGGUUUCCCUGGUGGUGCAGUGGUUGAGAGUCUGCCUGCCAGUGCAGGGGACACGGGUUCGAGCCCUGGUCCGGGAAGAUCCCACAUGCCGCGGAGCAACUGGGUCCGUGAGCCACAAUUACUGAGCCUGCGCGUCUGGAGCCUGUGCUCCACAACAAGAGAGGCCACGACAGUGAGAGGCCCGCGCACCGCGAUGAAGAGUGGCCCCCGCUCUCUGCAACUAGAGAAAGCCCUCGCACAGAAAUGAAGACCCAACACAGCCAAAAAUAAAUAAAAUAAAUAAAUUUAGAAAACGCAUACGGGGGAGAAAC